UUGGGAGUUAAUGGAGCCAGAAGGACCUCCAGAAUCAGAGAGUUCAGAAAAAUCAGUAUUUUUCUCACAGCAAGACGAUGAAGAAGAAGAAGAUGAAGAAGAAGCGAAAGAACCAGAGGAAACAGCCACUCUUAAUCCUCUCUUACAACCUGCUCUCACAGGGGAUGUAGAAGGUUUGCAGAAGAUUUUUGAGGAUCCUGAGAACCCUCAUCAUGAACAGGCCAUGCAGCUCCUCUUGGAAGAAGACAUUGUUGGGAGAAAUUUGUUGUAUGCAGCUUGCAUGGCUGGGCAAAGUCAUGUGAUUAGAGCUUUGGCAAAAUAUGGUGUGAACCUGAAUGAAAAAACCACCAGAGGUUACACACUCUUACACUGUGCCGCAGCCUGGGGUCGUUUGGAAACUUUGAAAGCACUGGUGGAGUUGGACGUUGAUAUAGAAGCGCUGAACUUCCGGGAAGAAAGAGCACGAGAUGUUGCUGCUCGGUAUUCCCAGACCGAGUGCGUUGAAUUCCUGGACUGGGCAGAUGCAAGGCUGGCUCUGAAAAAAUAUAUUGCAAAGGUCUCUGCAGCGGUUACAGACACAGAAAAGGGACCAGGGAAGCUCUUUAAGGAAGACAAGAAUACCAUCCUCACUGCAUGCCAUGUAAAAAAUGAGUGGUUGGAAACCCAUUUGGAAGCUUCCAUUAACGAGAUUUUUGAACAGAAACAACAAUUGGAAGAUACCGUGACUCCUAUCUUCACAAAAAUGGCAACACCACGUCAAGCGAAAAGUGCCAAAUCUGUAGCCUAAGCCAUGGUCAGAAAAGAAGUCAAUCAAGAUCAUACCUUCUACUGAAUAUAUAUUUUAUAAAAGACCACACUUCCUUCUAGUAUUUAUAAAAGCAAACUUAUUCAAUAUGCCAGUUGAAGUAAAGAAAAUCGAUGUGAGGUUUUAUAAAAAGGUUUAAGUAUGAAAUUAAAUCACCCUUUUUAAAAUUUUACCCUAUUCAGCAUGCUUAUUUCCAGACACUCUGGCCUUGUCUCUGCUCCAAGUGCAGGUCCGUGUGAGUCCCACAUGCUCUUUCCAGAGAGCACUCGGGUACGAAUCACUCACCAAGGCUCUCUGGGAGCUCUAAUGUCUAUAUAGGGAAUCUAACAGUUUUCUUUGUAACUGAGGCAGGACAUUUCCAUUCAACUGAGGAAUUGUUAAAAAAAAAGAUGUAUUACCUAGGAAAAAUUUGUUCUCCCUCUCUCAAAAGGAAAGCUAUAGAAUGCCAUUCUAGAGCAAGGAAAUAUUAAGAAUGGUUUGGAUCAGGGUCCUUUUCUUGUACAGCUAUUACUUUUUACGUCCAAAUUAAAAUUUACCUGUGAGGUGGUAUUUAGUCUUUUAGUGAAACCUUCAUUUCUUUAUCUUUAACCUCCACCUCCUUGGUCUGUCUCUCUACACACACACACACACACACACACACACACCCAUAUUUAGAUUUCCCAUAUUCUGUAGGUUUGGCAAUAUAGAUAUUUCAGCGGGACUCCAUGGUAUCUUUCUUUCUGUUCUGUUUUAUACUUUUUAGGUUUUAAGUAUCACUGCUGGUUUCAUAUUAGUGAUUUGGAAUGUCGUUUUUUCCUAGUUUAUCUGAAAGCCCCCGAGACUUCCAUUACUUUUGAUUUUGUGGAAAAUUUUUAUAGAAAGAACAUGUUUUAAAAAAAAAACCCACAUUCGGGGCGCCUGGGUGGCUCAGUUGUUAAGCAACUGCCUUCGGCUCAGGUCAUGGUCCCAGGGUCCUGGGAUCGAGUCCCAUAUCGGGCUCUCUCCUCUGUGGGAAGCCUGCUUCUCCCUCUCCCACUCCCCCUUGCUUGUGUUCCCUCUCUCACUGUGUCUCUCUCUGUCAAAUAAAUAAAUAAAAUCUUUAAAAAAAAACCAAAAAAACAAAAAAACCCCCCACAUUUAUUUGUUGUUCUUAAUGACUUUCUUUUUUGUCCCACCCCAAAAGCUAGUUUUUCAUUAUAGAGGGGAAGGAAAAGAAAUAAGCAAUUCAGUAAUUCCUUGUCAGUUGACACUUUCUCAGCCAUGGUUUUGAGAUAACACUUUUAAAAUUUGUGUCACAAAUUUUUAAGUUUUGAGAUAAUUUUUAUCCAUGAGCGAUUGAGUUUCAGUUGCCUUCAGCAAAAGAACAGGGCAGUAACUGCCACUCCCCUUUGGUAGACCCAGUGGAGUCCCACGAAGAAGGAUGUCUGUCUGUAUUUGCUCAGUUCUCCUGCUGUGCGCUGCGAAGUCCGUUACCUUUAAGCACCACAGCAAUUUGGGACAAGGCUAGUUGCCAUUUUUACUGUUUCUGCUCUAACUUUCUGUUUUCUGAGCCUUGAUCUUGAAUAUGACAUGACUUCCCAGGCAUAUGGUCCUGGUAAUUAGGGGAGGAUUCUUGAAUCUCACUUCAAAGAUUCCUAGAUAAGACUGAGACACUUGUGGAGAUGCCUAGUACAAAAUAAACCUCUCUCUCCUUUAUUUGUCUUUCAAUCCUUAUCUUCAAACUUCUUGAAGCUUUUAAUGUAUAUGGUCAUGUUGUCUUCUGGAAACUCCUUGAUUGCCACAUUUUUGUCAUUAUGGUUCCUUUACCUUCUUCUUCUUCUUCUUCUUUUUUUAAAUUAUUUAUGAGAGAAAGAGAGAGAGAGUGCAAGCACAGGUGGGGGGAGGGGCAGAGGGAGAGGGAGAAUAAGGCUCCUUGCUGAGCAAGGAGCCUGACGUGGGGCCCAAUCCCCGGGCCCCAAGAUCAUGACCUGAGCCGUAGGCAGACACUUAACUGACUGAGCCACCCAGGUGCCCCUGGUUCCUUUACUUUUUUAACAAUCUCCUUUUCUAACUCCUUCACUAGUUUCUGUGGUCUGAAUGUGUUUGUAUCCUUCCCGCCGCCCCCAGAUUCAUUUGUUAAGAUCUAAUGCCCAAUAUGAUAGUGUUAGGAGGUGGAGCCUUUGGGAGGUCUCUUCUCAUGAAAGAGACCUCCAAACAGUUCACUUGCCCCUUGCACCAUGUGAGGUUACAGUAAAAAGACAGCCAUCUAGGAGAUGGGCUCUCACCAGACACUGAAUCUUCUGGUGCCAUGAUCUUGAACUUCCCAGCCUCCAGAACUGUAAGAAAUAAAUGUUUGUUGUUUAUGAAGUACCCAGUUGAUAGUCUUUUGUUAUAGUAGCCCAGACCAAGACACCAGAUCCUAUUCUUCAUCUUGCCUCCAGCAAUGGAAACUUCUCAAAAGUCAGUCCUAGCUUACAAUUUUAUAUAUCAGGUAUAGCUCAAUAAAGCUGAAAAAAAAAAAGCCAAUUCUGACCCUUGGCCAAUCAGUCUGUAAUUCUCCACCCCCUGGCCUUCUCUAUCCCCAGUGUUAGGAAGAUCUAAUCCCUCCUUCUUUGGGGCACCUACAGUGCGAAUAGCCACAUAUAUAUUAUGUUUAAUUGUUCACAUGUUUGUCUCCCCAUGUGAAUUGUGAGCUUUUUGAGGGUAGGGGCUUUGUCAUGUUUUUCUUCAUACUCUUAGCCUGUAAGUUAGUAAGUUAAUAAAUAACAGUAGAAUAAAUUCUCUUUUGGUGCUACCUUAUUCAUGGAGCUCACUAGUCUUCAUUCAUUUAUAGAACUUAUUCACCUUUUCUAAAAACGACUCCUGAACCCUUCUCUGCGUAUCUUGUUUGUGCCAGUGCCCCAUUUUAACUCCCACUCCUCCAGUAAGCCAGCUGCAUGCACACACAGCGUCAUGACUAUAUAUCUAGUUUCUCCUGUAACCUUCUAUUUUCUGACCUUCACCUUGAAUACCACACUACUUUGUAGUCAUGUGAACCUGGUGAUUACCAAGGGAUUCCUGGAUCUCACUUCAAAGAUUCCACUGAUGUGAGGAUCUGAGUUUUGAGAGAUACAGUACUUCCUGUGAUCUGUUAUUGCAUUGAAUUACAUGCCGCAGAUGUUAUCUGAACACCCACAGAGCUAUUUCAGUUUGCAUACUAGUAAAUUAAAUCACAUUAUUUGAGAAGUGGUCAAGCAAAGGCUAAAUUCAAUGCUGUGAUAAACUCUACAUAGUGGUUCCUGAGACUUCUGUAUUUUGACUGGAAAAAUGUGAAAAAAUGGAGGAGAUUGAAAUGACAUCACUAAGAAAACAAGUACUAUCUGCUUUCACUAUAACUUAAAGAAAACAUUUUAACAUCAGAAAAGAAGGGAAAGUAUGAUUUCAUUGUAAGGCUCUGCCCUUUAAAUUGAAUAAAUUAAGCUUUAUUAUGGACUUUUAUAUUUUUCUCAUUUUUCCAUGUAUGAUGGAACUUUUGUCAUGAAUCACCACCGGUUUAUGGUCCAGCCUUUGAGAACAACUGUCUAGACUGAGCUGAAGCAGGCAGAAUGCUAUUUAGGUUAACAUGACGCCCCAAGUUGUAAAGGGCUGACGGUACACUCUGAUAUUUGAUCUAAUAUGUGGUACAUUAUAUUCUCCAAGUUGGCCACAUCUCCUAUGCCACAUGCUCAUCUUACAAUGUGAUCAUGACCUUCCUCGCAGAGAGAGGUGGGUCUCUGUUCUCUCCUCUUCCAUCUGAGCAGGCCUGUGACUAUAGUGGAAGUAAUACUACAUGAUUUCCGUAGAUCAUAAAAAGUGAUGCAGUCUCCAGCUAGUUCUUUUGAGAUGCUCAGUCUUGGAAACCAGUCUGUAUGGAGAGACCCUUGUGGACAGAAACUGAGGCCCCAACCUGAAGCCCUGUCUGAGUUGCAGCUAGCAGGCACCGCCAACCUGCUGCCAUGUGAGUGAGCCAUCUUGGAAGUGGAUCCUCCAAUCCAGCCACUGCAGCCAGUGCUAUAUGGAGCGAAGACAAGCCUUCUCUGUUGAGUGCUACCAAAAUUGUAGA